AUGGAAGAUGCCGAACGCACCAGGGUACGGAGAGAGGUCUCUUCCUUCUUCAGAAUCAACGCUUUUGAGCCUAAAAAAGAAGUACUGGAUACGUGUGUCGAAGCGUUGUACAAAUUCGACAAGGAAAAAAGGAAGAAGUGGAUGAAUAAGAUCGUAGAGACGUUGAGAAAACAGUCAUUAUCAACAUCUGUUGUGUCCCAAGAUGUAAUACGUGAGGUGUUUGCGCAGAUUUCGAAUCGAACAACGAAACAGAACAACUCAUUAUUUAACGUGUUUGACUCAUUCUCCAUACGCCGAUUUGUUUUUGAUGCCGACUGUCGAAAGAUGUUGCCAGUAGAAGAGAUGCCCAAAGUUGUAUCCACUGUAGAUAAAGCGUCAGAAGCUAUAAGACAUAGGUUCCAGCUAGUGGCUCAGCGAAUAUCACGAUGUAGGCAACUGCAAGCAAUCAAAUUUAAUACCAUAGAGUCACUUUUGAGCAGUUCACGACGAACAAAUGAUGUCGUAGUUGUGGGGAUGCUUACGCAACAAAAGAGUCAUUGCUACCAUAUUGAAGACUUAACGGGUUCUUUGCAAGUCGAAUUCACUGAGGAGACUAAAUUUCAACAUGGCAUGUUCACAGAAGGCAGUGUCGCCAUUUUUCAGGGAACAUAUGAUACCUCUCUACUCACUGUUCGAGAAGUUGCUUCGGUCCCUUUGGAGUCAGCCGAAGAAACUCGUAUGACUUUUGGAAAUGUGAAUUGGUUCGGUGGUGAAGAUCCGGUUGCCUUCCGGUGCAAUGCCAAACUCUGUGUUGCAGAACGGAGUAAUCCGAAUGCUCAGAUUGUGAUUCUUUCUGAUGUUCACCUAGACAAUUCAAGAGUGAUGCAAGCAGUGUACCAUCUGUUAUCAGGGUUUUCCGGUGAUCCACCUCUGGCGUUUAUAUUUUGUGGGAACUUUUGUUCUAAGCCUAGGCAACGAGACACCAUGCAGCUUCUUCAUACGGGUUUCAGAAGGCUUGCCAAUCAGCUGAAUGACUUCGCCUCUUCUUUUACAACCACCCACUUUGUUUUCGUUCCUGGACCGGACGAUCCGUGUUUAAAUAUGGUUUUACCGCGGCCCCAUUUGCCUGGAGUGUUGUUCAAAUAUUUUGAGCAAAUUCCCAAUUGUUUAUUUGCUACAAAUCCAGUGCGGAUUCAAUAUGCCAGCCAAGAGAUAGUUGUGAUCAGAGACGAUCUUGUCGAGAAGAUGUGCAGGCAUGCCGUCAAUGCUGUCGCUUCUGAAAAUAUACCAAGAAGUUUUGCGAGGACGAUACUGAGCCAGGCUCAUCUGUCGCCGUUACCAGCGCAUGUGGCCCCUAUACUUUGGGAGUUUGAUCAUGUUAUGAGUAUGCACCCUCUCCCAGAUGUGUUGGUGGUUGCGGACAAGUUCCGAUCUUUUGCGGAAGUUGAAGCAGAUACCGUGGUUUGCAAUCCCGGACCAUUCUCAACAGGCUCCUUUGGCUUCCACGUUUAUCUUCCAUUUGAACGGAAGAUUGAAGACAGCGCUAUUGGUUUACCUACGGAACGUCAAAUCUUCUGGUGCUUUUGUUGGUACAAAUGGAGUGGAAUUUGGGAGAGUCCUGGAAACAAUGAGUCAGAUUAUGGUAUAGCCGGUGAUCAAAUCCCCACAUUCUGA